GAGAAAGAGGGAGAGUGAGAGAGGGAAGGGUAUAUUGACUGAAAGCAGCCGUGGUUGCUCUUCAGUAUGUAAGAGACAGAGAACAGUACAGAAGACAAGAUGGACCGGAGGAACAGAUGAAGCCUGUCAUUGGUUGAGUCCAGUGGUCCAGAUGAGCGUGUCCAAGCCUCCUCUCCCCCAGUCCCACAUCUCCGCCCCUGCCUCCUCCACCCACCUCAUCCCUCCAUCCUCCACCUCCCCCCAUCCCCCGUCCUCCACCCACCACAACCCCCCUGCCCCCCUGCCCCCUCCGCCCUCCCCGGUCAAGAUCUCCAUGCAGGAGCACUUUGCCAUCAACGUGUGUCCCGGCCCCAUUCUACCCAUCCCGCAGAUCUCCGACUUCUUCCCGCGCUUCCACGACUUCCCCAUCGCCCCUCCGCCCCCCCGCGAGAAGAAGAUCCUCGGGGAGGACGGAGAGUAUCACGGAGAGAGGGAUGAAGAGAAGGAGCGUGAGAGGAGGGAGGAGAACGGCGGAGACAGAGAGCUGGGCGACUCGGAUGAUGAAACUUACCUGGGCACACUGGAGUUCACCCUGCACUUCGAUCAGGAGAACAACUGUUUGCACUGCACCAUCCAAAAGGCUAAGGGACUGAAGGCCAUGGACUCCAACGGUCUGGCAGAUCCAUACGUCAAGCUCCACCUUCUGCCUGGGGCCAGCAAGGCGAACAAAUUACGCACAAAAACGCUGAAGAACACCCUGAAUCCAGUGUGGAAUGAGACCCUGGUGUACCAUGGCAUUACGGCAGCAGACAUGACCACUAAAACACUCAGACUAUGUGUGUGUGACAUGGAUCGACUGGGCCGUAACGAGUUUAUUGGCGAAGUGAGGGUUGCUCUCAAGAAACUGAGAGAAGGAGAGAACAAAAAGUACAACAUGGGCUUGGAGAGGAUCACACAGAAUAAAGAAAGCAACAACCAAGUGGUAGAGCAGGGUGGUCCGGUGGCUGAGGAGGAGCGUGGUCGUAUCCUGGUCUCACUGUGUUACGUGGCAGAGAAGAGCACUCUUUGCGUGGGCAUCAUACGCUGUGCUCACCUGGCAGCAAUGGACUCCAAUGGCUACUCAGAUCCGUUCGUCAAAAUCGUUUUACAGCCUGACAUGGGUAAGAAGUCCAAGUACAAAACUACAGUGAAGAAGAAAACUCUCAACCCAGAGUUUAAUGAGGAGUUUUUCUAUGAGGUUCCCAAAGACCAACUAGCAAAGAAGACCCUGGAGAUCUCUGUAUGGGACUAUGACCUUGGAUUGAGCAAUGACUUCAUAGGUGGUGUGGAGCUGGGCAUCAAUGCUAAAGGGGAGAAGCUGAAACACUGGUUUGAGUGUCUGAAAUUUGGAGGGAAGAAAGUGGAGUACUGGCAUGCACUUACACAACAAGGGGCUCCUAGCAGUGAUUAACCACACACACACACACACACACACACACACACACACACACACACACACACACACACACAGUUUUUAAGUGCAUUGUAAAGUAAAAAUAAUAAUGAGGUAAUGGAGUAAUAAUAUUUAUAUGCAAUAACUGAUAAUAAUGACACUGAUAAUAAUGUUUUAUUAACCAAAUAAUUAUAAGCAAAAUUCUAAAACUGUCUCAGUAAACAGAAAAAGAGCAGAUUGAAAGAGAGCACAGCGUUACUGUGAUGUUACGUGAAGAGAAGUUGUCUGACUUGUCCAAAGUGUUGGCACAGUUCUCCCACACUCGUUUUACUACCAUUGCUUUCUUUCCUUCUAGCUUUUCUGGUUGUUGUCUUUUUUACAUUUCUAUGUGGGACUGUACUCUGUCUUGUGACUCGGCCUCUUUGAUCUGUUCAGUG